UGGAAUCGGAAUCUGCUGCGGCGCGGCUGAGUUUUGUGGUGGCUUGUGUUGUGUGGGGGGCCAGCGUGUAUGUGUCAGAGGCAGCAGCAGCAGCCACAUCAGGGGGAGCCGGGGCGAAAGAGGGACCGCUAAGCCGGAAUCAUGUAUCUCACCAUCAGGAUUGCGCGCAGGGAGUGGUGUGGAAAUUGUGCAACAUGCAGAUAAGAUCCCAGUUUCCUAACGCCCUCUCCAGAAGAAAGAGAGCGAGCUUGCCCUGGGCAGGAGGGAGAGGAGACAGCCAGCAUGAAGGUUGAAGGGGAUCAUUUCCACGGCCAGUGCUAGAGGGAGACCUAGAUCUGUGCAAGUCGCUUCCCCGUGGCUGUUUUGUUUGGGGCGGGGGGGGGACACCGGAUCGGGCUCAGCCAGGGAGGAGGGGAAGGGAAGGUGUGUGGGGGAAGGGGGGCGGCGAAGGAAUAACGGAGAGAGAGGCGGUGCGGUGCACUGCACACAGACUGAGCGAGGGAACGAGCCGGAAGAAUCGCCCCUCUCCGCGGAAGGGCCAUCGCCAUGGGCAAUGCCGGGAGCAUGGAUUCUCAGCAGACGGACUUCAGGGCUCACCACAUGCCUCUCAAGCUGCCCAUGCCCGAGCCAGGUGAACUGGAGGAGAGAUUUGCCGUCGUCCUGAAUGCAAUGAACUUGCCACCCGACAAAGCCAGGUUACUUCGGCAGUAUGACAAUGAGAAGAAAUGGGAGUUGAUCUGUGAUCAGGAAAGAUUUCAAGUGAAGAAUCCUCCACAUACAUAUAUCCAGAAAUUAAAGGGCUAUCUCGAUCCAGCAGUAACCAGGAAGAAAUUCAGAAGACGAGUCCAAGAAUCUACGCAAGUACUACGAGAACUGGAAAUUUCUUUAAGAACAAAUCAUAUUGGAUGGGUCAGGGAGUUUUUGAAUGAAGAAAACAAAGGCCUGGAUGUUCUGGUGGAAUAUUUGUCAUUUGCACAGUACGCAGUCACUUUUGACUUUGAAAGCUUGGAGAACAACGUGGAAAACUCAAUGGAUAAAUCCAAACCUUGGAGCCGUUCCAUUGAAGACCUGCAUAGAGGAAGUAACUUACCCUCACCAGUUGGCAAUACCAUUUCCCGCUCUGGCAGGCAUUCUACUCUACGAUAUAAUACCUUGCCGAGCAGAAGAACACUAAAAAAUUCAAGAUUAGUGAGUAAAAAAGACGAUGUUCAUGUCUGCAUCAUGUGUUUACGUGCCAUAAUGAAUUACCAGUAUGGAUUCAAUAUGGUCAUGUCACAUCCACAUGCUGUUAAUGAAAUUGCACUAAGCCUGAACAACAAGAAUCCCAGAACAAAAGCCCUUGUUUUAGAACUGUUAGCAGCCGUUUGUCUUGUCAGAGGAGGGCACGAAAUUAUUUUAUCUGCAUUCGAUAACUUUAAGGAGGUUUGUGGAGAGAAACAGCGCUUUGAGAAGCUGAUGGAACACUUCCGAAAUGAAGACAACAAUAUAGACUUCAUGGUGGCAUGUAUGCAGUUCAUCAACAUUGUAGUCCAUUCAGUAGAGGACAUGAAUUUCAGAGUUCAUCUCCAGUAUGAAUUUACGAAAUUAGGCCUGGACGAAUAUUUGGAUAAGCUGAAACACACAGAGAGUGACAAACUGCAGGUGCAGAUUCAAGCUUACUUGGACAAUGUGUUUGAUGUGGGAGCUUUGCUUGAAGAUGCCGAAACCAAGAACGCAGCGUUGGAAAGAGUUGAAGAACUGGAAGAAAAUAUUUCUCAUUUAUCGGAAAAACUGCAAGACACAGAGAAUGAAGCUAUGGCGAAGAUUGUGGAACUGGAAAAGCAGCUUAUGCAGAGAAACAAAGAACUAGAUGUUGUUCGAGAAAUUUACAAAGAUGCAAAUACCCAGGUUCACACGUUGAGAAAAAUGGUCAAAGAAAAAGAGGAAGCCAUCCAGCGGCAGUCAACCCUGGAGAAAAAAAUCCAUGAACUGGAAAAGCAAGGGACCAUUAAAAUUCAGAAGAAAGGUGAUGGUGACAUCUCUAUUCUUCCUGUUGCUGUGGCCUCUGGGACACUGCCAUCAGGGUCAGAAGCUACAGCUGGCACAUGUGUGGGACCAGUGACUGGGGCUACGCCUUCAGUACCAUUGCCGCCACCUCCACCCCCAUUGCCACCAUUACCACCAACAUCCGAGACAGUGCAAAACGGUCCAGUGGCAGCACCUAUGCCACCUCCCCCUCCGCCUCCACCACCACCUCCCCCUCUUCCUGGUCCAGCUGCAGAGACAGCCCCAGCUCCUCCGCUGCCUCCCCCACCACCACCAUCAGCACCCCCUCUGCCAGGAACAGCCUCUCCCACAGUGAUUUUCAACUCAGGAUUAGCAGCUGUGAAAAUCAAGAAGCCAAUCAAGACAAAGUUCCGCAUGCCUGUCUUUAACUGGGUAGCGCUCAAACCCAAUCAAAUUAAUGGGACAGUCUUCAAUGAAAUUGAUGAUGAAAGGAUCCUGGAGGAUUUAAAUGUGGAUGAAUUUGAAGAAAUAUUCAAGACAAAAGCUCAAGGUCCAGCCAUUGAUCUUACUUCAAGCAAACAAAAGAUAACUCAAAAAGGGUCAAACAAAGUCACAUUACUGGAAGCAAACAGGGCCAAAAAUCUUGCCAUCACUUUAAGAAAAGCUGGAAAGACUGCAGAUGAGAUAUGCAAAGCUAUUCAGGUAUUUGACCUGAAGACGUUGCCAGUAGAUUUUGUUGAAUGUUUGAUGCGAUUCUUGCCCACUGAGAAUGAAGUGAAAGUGUUACGGCUCUAUGAGCGGGAGAGGAAACCUCUCGAGAACCUGACUGAUGAAGAUCGGUUCAUGAUGCAGUUCAGUAAGAUUGAGAGACUGAUGCAGAAGAUGACCAUCAUGGCCUUCAUCGGCAACUUCGCAGAAAGCAUCCAAAUGCUGACACCGCAACUCCAUGCAGUAAUAGCAGCAUCUGUCUCAAUAAAGUCAUCCCAAAAACUCAAGAAAAUACUGGAGAUAAUCUUGGCUCUUGGUAACUAUAUGAACAGCAGUAAGAGAGGAGCAGUUUAUGGGUUUAAACUACAGAGUUUAGAUCUGCUGUUAGACACAAAGUCAACGGACAGAAAACAAACGCUGUUGCACUAUAUAUCCAACGUUGUGAAAGAGAAGUAUCACCAAGUGUCCCUCUUUUACAAUGAACUUCAUUAUGUGGAGAAAGCUGCUGCAGUGUCCCUUGAAAAUGUCCUGUUGGAUGUCAAGGAGCUCCAGCGAGGCCUGGACCUGACAAAGCGAGAAUACACCAUGCACGAUCACAAUACAAUGCUGAAGGAAUUUAUUCAUAACAAUGAAGGAAAACUAAAGAAACUGCAGGAUGAUGCAAAAAUAGCCCAGGAUGCCUUUGAUGAUGCUGUGAAAUAUUUUGGGGAGAAUCCCAAGACAACGCCCCCAUCCGUCUUUUUCCCAGUCUUUGUCCGAUUUGUGAAAGCCUACAAGCAAGCAGAAGAGGAGAAUGAGUUGAGAAAGAAGCAGGAACAGGCACUCAUGGAAAAACUUCUGGAGCAAGAAGCAUUGAUGGAGCAACAGGACCAAAAGUCUCCUUCACAUAAAACAAAGAGACAGCAGCAAGAGCUAAUUGCAGAGCUACGCCGACGACAAGUCAAGGAUAACAGACAUGUGUAUGAGGGGAAAGAUGGAGCAAUUGAAGACAUUAUAACAGCCCUAAAGAAGAAUAAUAUCACUAAAUUUCCAAAUGUUCACUCGAGGGUAAGGAUUUCUUCUAGCACACCGGUGGUGGAGGAUACACAGAGCUGAUCUUAGAAACCAGCCAUACAGACGAGCCGAUGCGGUAAGGAGAAGCGUUAGGCGACGCUUUGAUGAUCAGAACUUGCGCUCUGUAAAUGGUGCUGAAAUAACCAUGUGAGCUGGAGAUUUGCAUGUGAAAAGUAGAGCGUGUGCUUGAAUGAUACCUUGUCCAUGUGAACUAUAUGUGCUACCAUUUAAUUAUAGCCUUGAAUACAGUAAAAUUACCUUCUAAAGGGCUCAAAAAGACAUAGAAAAUGCAUAGGAACAUAAAAGUGAUGGGCUCUCUACUCAACCAUAGCUAACAAGUGCCUAAAAUUGAAGUACCUGCUCAAAUUAAUCAAAGCAAUAGGACUUGAUUUGAUUGGGUAUCUUUUUACACCAACACAUUAUUCAGUAUUUUUAACCAAAAUGUAAAAUACAUGAUUUUUUUUUGUUACAUGAAAUUUAGUGAUUGGUCUUCAGUGGCCCUUCUUGAUUUCCUGACAGGUUGUAAAUAAGUAAUACUUGGAUGCAAUCUGCUGUGGACUUAAGCUUUUCAAUGCAUUCCUGUCCUGUCUGCUAAGGAAUUAACCUUGAGCUUCAACUGCACUUAUUAGCUUUUUUAAUAUAUAUAUAUAUUUAAGGGCUUACCAUGUGCAAGGGGGAAGUAAUUACAAAAUGAACUGUACCUUUCAGCCAUACACAAACCCCAGACUAAUACAAAUAAGAUGUGUUAGACAUAAUUCAGUGAACAUACAGUUUGUCAAAUGAACAUGAACUAUUCUUCAUGUUCUGAUUCUGCUUUUUAUAUGCCAGUGUGCAAUGUGGGAUAAGCAGUGAGGAUAUGAAUGCAUUGCAAAGAUCUUUGAAACAAGAAUGUUGUAUAAGACUCAUUUACUAUGUUCUUCAGAUAGAGGCAGCUUUUGAAUAACAAAGUGUAUUUAUUAAUUAGGACUAAGAUAUUAACAUCUCAUUAAUCAGUAUUAGGAUUUCUGAGGACCAUUAUGGUUCAGUUAUUAACUCAGUGAAAUAAUCUUGUGCCCUGCUGAGAGAGGAUUUUAAUACCCCAUCUAUAAGCUUUAAACUUGCAUCUGCAUUGAGCAAGAAUGGUAACCCAGUAACUAUGUUUUUCCUUUGACAAUCGAGUUCUGAUCACUUAAUACAAAGGGACAUUUGUUGUUCAAAUGCAUCCCAACUUCUAAAUUCUUAUUUUAUAUACUGCAUUUUACACUUUAAAAUUGAGCUUAUUUUAUUAGGCUUGGCAAUAUUUUAAAUAUAAACACAGUGCUACUGGUGCAGAUCAAUUUAUUGUUAUAAUGGAAUUUUAUUUUAUCCUACAAUGGCAGGGCACUUGAUCUAUUCCAAAGUCAAGAACUGGACUGAGGCUAAAUUUGUACUUUCGAGAAGAUACAUUUUGCUUGUGGCUUACCAUUCCUGGUAGCAUUGCAUCAGUAUGUUAAUUGUAAAAUUUAUUGUAUAGUAUUUAACCACUGAAUUUCUUUUCUUUUAUGUUGUGCUUUAUGUGAACCACUGGUGAAGGUCCCAUUUUCCUUGAAUAAUGUGUAGUUACAUGAAUCUGUUUUUAAAUGUACAGAUAUUUUGCUACAAAAUUGGUGCAGUUUUUUAUGGUUUUUACACUUCUCUUUAAUUCCCACUUUAGUCUCUGGGUAAUAUUGUAAAUAUUGUUUAAAAAAAUGCAUCAGCCUGUGCUAUACAAUCUGAAUGUUAUUUUAACUUAUAGUUUUGUUUUUUAUAUUUAACUAAAAAUGGACAGUUUGGGGCUCAAAGUUACAUUGACUUCCGCUUCCCUAUUUACAGAAAGUUUACAUUAAAACUGCCACCUAUUGUCUCAUUUACAGCAACUUGUACUUGACAUGCAAAAGAGAACAUGCCAAGAUUGCCUCUUUCUUCACUGACAGUGACAAAAGAGUUUUAAUCUGUAUAAGAAAAAAUAAUUUGGCAAUGUAAUUUAAGUACAUUUAUUAGUCAAAUGGGUCAAACUCGUAAGCUCAAAAGCAUUUUAUAACUUAACUCUAGACAGCAAAUAAUAUUACCAUGCAAGUGGACUGUAAUAUUGGCAUGUUCUCUUUGAUGUUUUUCUAGUAAUAGACCUGCUUCUUAGCAAUAUUAGAAGUGUUUUAUAAAAGCAGUUCAUGUUACUUUUCUGGUCUGUUCAUGGCAUAUGAUCAAAUAAACUAUUUACACUACUA